GCAUUAGAAGGGUGUCCAGGAAACCGUUGUGAAAACAUAUAUGCAAAUAUAUAUAUAUAUAUAUGUAUUUGUUUCUGAAUACCCUCUCUUAGGUUUCAUUUACAGUUGUGGCAGUUUGUUACAGCCAAUAUGAAAGCAGACGACAAACUUCAGAUCCUGAAAUUCUUUCUGAUGCUUAUCAAUUCAUUCUUUGUGAUUCUUGGCAUCAGCAUUUUUGCAUGUUCAGCUUGGAUCUUUUUUGAUAAGGACAACUUUAUAAGUGUUAUUAGCUCUGGGAAGGAAGUAAAGCUUGUGGCUGGGGGACUCUUUGUCAUUGGCCUAGUGGUUGUUGGUGUGUCCUUGCUGGGCUGUAUUGGUGCGUGUUUAGAAAACAGAUGUUUCAUUAUAUUUUAUCUGAGCUUCUUAAUUGUCAUUGUCCUGGGUCAGAUCUUCAUCACCCUGGUGCUUUUAAUACAACAAAACUUGAUUAAGAGUUUAUUGAUGGAGAAUGUGGAUGAAAUAAUUGUGAAUUAUGGAGGAAAUAAAACACAGACGUCGUGGAGGCUUUUGGACAGCGUGCAGAAUUCUGCAGAAUGUUGUGGUAGAGUUACACCAAAUGAAUGGAGGAAUAAUACAGUUAUUUGGUCCUUGAGUGGGACAGAUAUCUACCCCUGCUCUUGCUUCAACGGUACCUGCCCUGUAAUCCUGAAUGGAACACACAGCUUCGGAAAUGGUUCAAACAUCUAUAAAAUGGGCUGUGAGAAAGUUCUGGGAAACUGGCUAGAAAUGAAUAUCAUUGUAAUAUUUGGAAUGGACGGUGGGCUUCUUUUGAUUCAGGUACUGCAGUUCAUCUUUGGCAUUUAUUCCUAUAAAUGCAUUGGCCGCAAAACGAGAGAGCUUCACCCCAGUAAUCUGUUAAAUGCCAUGGAAGAGAGUCCUUCAAUGGAGCCUUUAGACCAGCAGUGUAACACAGAAACCUAUCAGCCUGAAUUUCAAACCUGUAACCCGCAAACAGACAGCGGCUAUGAUCAUGAUGAAUAUGACCUUGGUAAAUAUGAUCACGCUGGAUAUGAUCGCAGUAGCUAUAAUCACAAUGGAUAUGUUGCUGAGAAUUAUGACCAGUAUAACAAUCAUGAAUUUUUUGAACAGGGCGACAAUCUAAGUUACAAUAAUCCUCAUAUUCUGCAAUACACACCGAGCUACAAUGGCAGUUAUGAUCAGCGGUAUGUUCAAAAUUACCCUCAGAGCUACAAUGGUGAUGAUUACUGAAGCCAGAUGCCUUUUCCCAUGUAAUCUAAUCAGAUUGGGAUGGGCUAAUUUGAGUGCUCUUUUAAAAAUAGCACUCUUUACAAAGAGUAAGCUGUGACCUAUGUCUGACCAAAGACACUUAAAACCUUCUCGAAAGUCCUUUGUUUUGUGCCACAGGUUGGGGUACUAUGUUCAGUACGUUUAACAGGUAGUUAGUGCAUGUUCCCAGGAGUAUCAUUUGUCAUUUUAAGACAACCAGCAUUUUAACAGAAUUCAUUCCAAACCUUUAAGGUCAUAUGCCUUAGUCCAAUAUAUUUGAGAAAAGCCACAUUUCAAGGUGACAAUGACAGACAAUGUACUAAUUUUAAAGAAGCAGAUUUUUAGAAAUUUUCUAUUUUAUUUGAAUGCCCCUUUACAAGUUUAGAGAUAUUGUAUAACUGUAGAAGUGUAACAAUAUAAAAAUACUGACCUGAAAUCUUAACUGAUACAUUUUGAGAUGAUCCUCACAUACAUGCUGUCAUCAUUUUUAAAUACUGUCAUACAUAUGGAAAAAUAAAAGAUUUAUUGAUAUGUAAAAUAAUAAUUUGAGUUAAUCUUUCUAAAUAAGGAAUAAAAAUGGACCUGCUUUCUACUUAAACAAUACAAUUCAAAAUAAACCUGUUUUAUGUACAACCAAUGGCCAUGUCUAUAUCAGGCAACUCAUCCUGGACUGUUUGUACUACAGACAUGAAUGAUACCUCAAAUUGUGUGGCUAGUUAUUGUAAGUUUCUAAGCGAUCAGACUUACAUUUUUUGCCUGGCAGGUGAAAAUAACAGGCAAAAAAAUAUCAUAGAGACUUGAGGAUUAACAAGGAACAAUUAAACACACUGCGAUUCAGAUGCAUGCGCAAGCGAACCAUUAAUCAUCCUUUGCUUUUCAUGCAAUGGACUUUCCAGGGUCUUAACUCUGAUAUUCUAAUGAUCUGAAAGGUUGUUUAGUAAAUCACUGCAUUAUUUUUUCACUCAGAUCUGCUUUAUGAGUCAAGUGAUGAUGAUGUUGACAUGGGGGGCUGGUAGCCAGACUGUUUAGUGUGUGUGAAUGUAUCUGUGUGUGUGUGUCGGAAGUCGGCGAGUCAAGAGUGGGUUUUGACUGAAGUAUGAUGGACGACACUCUCUAUAGGCCAUAAAGAGCGGCAUGUCUGUCCGCAUGAGAGGGCUCUUUGUUAAGAUUGCUCUGCGGUUGAUGAUAGCCAGGCUGACAUUACCGACCUCGUGCGGUUAUGAGUUGGCAGUCAUGCUUUACCACUACAGUUGACAGCACAUGCAUUGAUAGAGACAAAGAGAAAGUUGCACGGAGGGGAGCUUGAUAUUUCCAUGGCCAGUACCUGAUUCCUGCUUGCAAUAAUGGAAGAAUGAUGCACUCAGACUGAGUCAACGAGGAAUUUUCAGGACUGUUUGGGAUACGCCGUGCCAGGGACCCAAAAACUCAACAGAGAGGAGAUGUUUUGCAGAAUGUUCAGCCUGCUGCAACGAAAGCACAUUGUGACCACAGCCUGUCAAGCUCCAAAAAUGACAACAAAAACAACAUUAAAGUAGCCGUAUCACUUAUGCGCAGUGUUGGUGUGCUAACAACCUCCACCACCCCACCACCACCAGUUGAGUCCCGUCCUGCACGGGGGUAGGCUCCUCGCCCCUGCCUCCUAUCUCCGACAGGAUAUGACGGUUCCGAGUACAACUUCUUCGGACCGCCAGACGGGGCUUACGCCAAAGAGAGACAUUACAAUUUCUAUUUUAUAUUCAUCAAAUAAAUGUCAUCUUGAAUUUCA